UCCCACCAGAUGACUCAUAUAGCCACGAGCCAGCACCGGGAGCGAACGUGUACCCGUCUCGCAGCUGGUGAAUAAGACUUGGUGCCUCAUACUGAGUCCGUCCGAUAAGUGACUCAUCGUGCUACACCACGUGCCAAGAACUGAGUGUUGUUUGUUGACUAGUUAUGGAGGCAACCAUGUACGAGGACGGAUCAUACGCCAACUACUCGAGGGAAAGCCUCACCCAAAUGAAGCGUAGACUUACUCUGGAUCUAAACAACAGACCGUCCAAGAAGCAGCGACCUGGUGGAAAUUUCAACCCCCUUCUCACCUCUCCUGACCUCAACCAGCUGAAGUUGGCCUCCCCGGAACUGGAGAGACUCAUCAUUCAGCAAGGAAGCACCAUCCUGGGCAACGCCUCCACCACGCCCUCACAGUUCUUCUUCCCCACCAAAACCGCCACCGUCGAGGAAGAGGAAUUCGCCAAGGGUUUCGAGGACACGUUGGAGCAGCUGCACCACCAGGAUGCCAUCGGCAGCAGCAGCAGCGUGGUGGUGACGAGCGUGGCGCCGCCGCCUGCGGUGUCGUCGGCGACGCUGCACUACACGCAGCUGGACGUGCCCCUCCACCACGCCCACCUGCCGCACCAGCAGGUGCCCGUCACGUCGGCGCCGGCCGUGUCCCUCUCCGUGGCCGACCACCACCACCACCACCACCAUGUGUCUGCGGCGCACCUGGGGCUCCUCCCGUCUGCGCAGAUCAAGGAGGAGCCGCAGAUAGUGCCCAACGUGAGCGGCUCUCCGCCUCUCUCGCCUAUCAACAUGGAGUGCCAGGAACGGAUUAAAUUGGAACGCAAGCGGCUCCGGAACCGCAUCGCGGCGUCCAAGUGCCGGCGACGAAAGCUGGAGAGGAUCGGCCGACUGGAGGACAAGGUCCGCGGCCUGAAGAUGGAGAACGGCGAGCUGCAGGCGGUGGUGAACAAGCUGCGGGAUCAGGUGUGUUCCCUCAAGCAGGAGGUGAUGGAGCACGUCAACUCUGGCUGCCAGAUACCUUUCGUGACGCACCAGUGACGUGAGGGCUAGCACCCUGACGUGCCAGCUCGCCCACCAACGCCCGCACGCCCACCUCUGGCCCACCCCUGGCCUAAGUGCGUGUUUGUGUAGCCCCCGUGCGAGGCUAGCGCCGUAGCCCUCCUUACAAGACACCCUGGGGAGGCGACACACGGCCGCUCGCUUCGUGCCAUUGGCAAGGGGGGACGGGAGGUAGUGCUGGUGUCCGUGACAAGGCACCAGAACCCCCACAGGUCAGGUCGAGGACGUGGGCGGGGCAGGGCAUCCCUAUAGCGGGGCUGGGGGCUGAGCGCCGCUGUACCGGGGUCGCUCUAGUCAAGUGAGUUGUGGAGUGCUCGCGGCCCCACGCCCACCCCACGCCCACUACGCCCACAACACGCCCACACCACGCCCGCUACUCCCACACCACGCCCGCGCCUAAUGUGAUAGUGCCGUGUGUAUGCAACGGGAGGGAGAAAAAAAUGUGCUAUAUACUUCCAUUUGUUAUAUAAGUGCAGUGCUUUAUUGAGACAGACGUGAGAGAGAGAGGUAAUUGUUAAUUCUGGAACACCCUGUCGCAUCCCAGCCGAUAUAUAUACCGUAUAUAUAUUUAUAUAUAUAUAUGCAUAUACAUAUAUAUUUUUUUUUCGUUGGUUUCACAGAGUUAUUGCUGUUUCAUAUUUCUUUAAUGCAGUUUUGAUGUACAAGGUCAGUGAUAUCGCUCUAAGUCAUGGGAGUUACGAACAUGUGUGUUGUAACCAAGUAUUAGCGUGUUAUGCAAGAGUGUACGAAUGAACUUUUAUAUAAAUUAUGUAUGUAUAUUUUAUAUGCAAAGAAAACUAUUUCUUGAUUUAUGCAAAAAAUGCGCAAAGCAAGACUUUUGUAUGAAGAUUUUUCUUAUUUAUAAAAGAAAAAAUCUUGA